CAAAGCAGAUAAGAAACCGAACUGUGAGGCCUCUCGCCAUUGUCUUGGAGUCGGCCAGCCGGAGCGUUUUCGGGGCUGUAAAGGGAGAGUAGCGCAUGCGCAUAUUCGGGGCGGAAGGCGCGCUAAAAGCAGAUUUACGGUCUGCAUUAUGUCUGGAGCCAGAAGUAAGCUUGCUCUUUUCCUCUGCGGCUGUUACGUGGUUGCCCUGGGAGCCCACACCGGGAAGGAGAGCGUGGCUGAACAUCACGAGGCUGAAUAUUAUGUGGCUGCCGUGUACGAGCAUCCAUCCAUCUUGAGUCCGAACCCUCUGGCUCUCAUCAGCCGCCAGGAGGCCUUGGAGCUCAUGAACCAGAACCUUGACAUCUAUGAACAGCAAGUGAUGACUGCAGCCCAAAAGGGUGUACAGAUUAUAGUGUUUCCAGAAGAUGGCAUUCAUGGAUUCAACUUUACAAGAACAUCCAUUUAUCCAUUUUUGGACUUCAUGCCGUCUCCCCAGGUGGUCGGGUGGAACCCAUGCCUGGAGCCUCGCCAUUUCAAUGACACGGAGGUGCUCCAGCGCCUGAGUUGUAUGGCCAUCGAGGGAGAUAUGUUCUUGGUGGCCAAUCUUGGGACAAAGCAGCCUUGUCAUAGCAGUGAUCCAGGGUGCCCAAAUGAUGGGAGAUACCAGUUCAACACAGAUGUCGUGUUCAGCAAUAAGGGAACCCUUGUUGACCGCUACCGUAAACACAACCUCUACUUUGAGUCAGCAUUUGAUGUUCCUCUUAACGUGGAUCACAUCACCUUUGAUACCCCCUUUGCUGGCAGGUUUGGCAUCUUCACGUGCUUUGAUAUAUUGUUCUUUGACCCUGCCAUCAGACUUCUCAGAGACUACAAGGUGAAGCAUGUUGUGUACCCGACUGCCUGGAUGAACCAGCUCCCACUCUUGGCAGCAGUUGAGAUUCAGAAAGCUUUUGCUGUUGCCUUUGGCAUCAACGUUCUGGCAGCUAAUGUCCACCACCCAGUUCUGGGGAUGACAGGGAGUGGCAUACACACCCCUCUGGAGUCCUUUUGGUAUCAUGACAUGGAGAAUCCCGAAGGUCACCUUAUAAUUGCCCGGGUGGCCAAAAAUCCAGUGGGUCUCAUGGGUGCAGAGAAUGCAACAGGCGAAACGGACCCAUCCCAUAGUAAGUUUUUAAAAAUUUUGUCAGGCGAUCCGUACUGUGAGAAGGAUGCUCAGGAAGUCCAUUGUGAUGAAGCCACCAAGUGGAACAUGAAUGCUUCUCCCACAUUUCACUCUGAGAUGAUGUAUGACAAUUUCACCCUGGUCCCCGUCUGGGGAAAGGAAGGCUAUCUCCACGUCUGUUCAAAUGGCCUCUGCUGUUAUUUACUUUACGAGAGGCCCACCUUAUCCGAAGAGCUGUAUGCCCUGGGCGUCUUUGAUGGGCUUCACACGGUACAUGGCACUUACUACAUCCAAGUGUGUGCCUUGGUCAGGUGUGGGGGUCUUGGCUUCGACACCUGUGGACAGGAGAUCACAGAGGCCACAGGGAUAUUCGAGUUUCACCUGUGGGGCAACUUCAGUACUUCCUAUGUCUUUCCUUUGUUUCUGACCUCAGGGAUGACCCUAGAAGUCCCUGACCAGCUUGGCUGGGAGAAGGACCACUAUUUCCUGAGGAAGAGUGGGCUGUCCUCCGGGCUGGUGACGGCAGCUCUCUAUGGGCGCUUGUAUGAGAGGGACUAGGAAAAGUAUGUGGUCUGUGGGGCGGACUCUGGCCGUCAUGGUGACAGCCUUGCACUUCCACAGGCUACAAGCCCUGGGACCACCUUUCUGCCUUAAGGGCAGGAGCCCACUUCUGUGGCACCAGAUUCCACCCUGGGAACUGUAGAACGAGUAGGAGAGGCAGAUUCCCUCAGUGGCUUUCUCUUAAACCUCAGUCAUCGAGACAUUAGCUGGUAUUUUCUAUUCACAUUUAUCUUUUUCAAGCCACAUCUUCCUCUAACAAAUCUCAGUAUGCAAUUGGUCUCAAGCUAAAACAAAAAUAAAUGUCAGUUUCUAUUUUACACAUCCACAAAGUAGUGGCUUAGGUUUUUUUUUUUUUUUUAAUCUUGUUGAUCAAGUGACUUACCCAGGACAUGUAAAUAUUUCAUAAGCCUUAAACAUUUUCUGAGGUAAGAAACAAGCUCUCAAAGCAAAAUCUCGAUUAGAAAUGGCCCCUGUGGGGAACUUUCCCAUUCUGGCCAACCGGAACUCUAUCCAGAUGAAAUGGCAGUGCUAGCGCCACCGGCAGCGUCAGAAAUGUAGACCUUAAAGCGGCUUUUAAAAAUAGAAAAGAAGUGUUCCUCACAUCUGCCAGUAAUGGAAUUUUCUGUCAGUAAAUGGAAUGUGUAGGCAGGACCUGGAAUAACUGGAGAGAGUGCAGCGCUUCGGGGUAAAGGGCGGGUGGGGACUGGAAAAUGUUGAGACGGGGGCAGCCAUGGGAAGGGAUGAGUAAUAGAAUUCUUCCUGUACAACACAGCUCAUCCGGGGAUUCCAGGGACCUUAAUACAUCACAGUAGCUUUGGGCAAGAGUUGGGCACGUUGCCCGACUGUUCAGGAUGGCUUGAUGCUGGUAUCAUUUGAUCCGGAGCCCUAUAGAGGAUCUCCUUGCUUAGCAGCGAUGCUUGGCACCCCAUAGAGGUAAGUUGCAAGGACUGCCAUGAAGGGCAUGGAGGGUGGCCCACUUGAGUCAUGCAUUUAUUCAGUCACCCAACAGGCACAGAGCAGGAGCUUCCCAUGUCAGGAAUUCCAGAUGCAAAAUUAGCAGAUUCAAUAUGGUGAAGACAUUUUUAGUCCACUGAUUUCUGUGUAAUUUGUGUCCAACAUUUCAGAGCCAUUUUAAAAAGGAUUUUGACUUCAUGCCUAGUAGCUGUUUCAGAUCAUUUUUUAAGUGCAGAAUGGAUAGUCUUCAGUGAUUUGCCUCUUAAAUGUGGCCAUUUAGUUUGAACCCCUUUUUAGUUUUUUAAACAGUAUGUGCUUAAACAUCACACAAUUUUAUAAAGCAAGAAAAAAAAAAUGAAAUGAUCUCCCUAUUCCCCCCACGGUGUAGGCCUUCAGAUCCUUUUCUGGCUUUUAGGCAGGAUAAUUAACAACAUGGAUUCUACGGUCAGACUGAUGGGGUUUCCAUGCAUGGCCUCACCAUCUACCCCUCACUGGGAGACCUCGGGCCUCAGUUUUUUAUUCGUAGAAUGCAUGUUGAAUAAACCAUGUGGGAAAAAGCAGAGCCAGCACCAGCCCCUGCUGACUCACUGAUCCCUCGAAAAGGUCUGGGAUGAGUCAAGUCUUCAGGGAAUAAGCAGGAAGGACUUGAAAUUCCUGAGCAAGCCCCGGGGUUCCCCACGCCCUAGGAAGUCCCUCUGGAAGGCGAGCAGGACCUCUCCCAUCAAAUGGCAGAGUUUGCUUUCCCGCCCAGUGCAGCUCCCACCAGGCGUGAGCUGGCAGGCCAGAAGCGGCCCCAGAUGUGGCUGUCCACCGCUCACUCUGCUUCUCUGCCUCAAACCCCAGGGAGACAGAAAUUACCUAAAAAUGCAUAUCAUUGCUUUAUGCCAAGAUGAUUCAAAUAAGCCUGAGAAAGAGAGGCCAGUUCUAAAUACAGACUUGGCAGAACUACUUCACCCAGUAAACAUCUAAUAAGCACCUGCAAGAUCCUAAUUCCGCCCUUCUGGGCAGAGUACCACGAACUUUUCCUGAGUUAUUUUCUACCUACAAUUUAGAAUGAAUUGCUCGUGAAGUAGAAUGAGGGGAAAAGCAAAUAAUGGUGGUAGAACAAAGUAAUUUUUACAAUUCAAAGAAGUGGCUGCCAGCUAACAGAACAAAGUAGAGGAUGGGAAAAUAAAUCAUUUUCAGGGAAAAAAA